AUGGAGACGGCGGAGGAACCCUACGCCUACGCCUCCGACUCUUCCGCCUCCCAUACCGGCGCCGACGCCCCCGCCUCCAACCCGGGUGCCGCCGCCGGAGCGAGGAAGCGGAAGGCCCCGGCAGCCACGGCGAGGAAGCCUCGGAAGCAGCAGGCUCAAGAACCCAUUCAGAUCCCUGUAUACUAUGGACGAACCAAAGAGUUUUAUGGCGUGCAAGGCGAUGAUUUAGUUGAUUCUUCAUACAUUUCUCCUGGAGUAAAAGAUUGUGCACACGUUAUCGGCCAACUACCACUGCAGCCGCAGUCCAUGUCGUUGGUAGAUCUGCAACUCUGGAUCUUUAAGCUGUUCCGGCUCCAUCCAGAAACACAAGAUCUCUCUAUUAAGGGGUUCAUCAAACAACGGAAAACUGACUUGUUCGACGACUUCGAACCUGGCUGGUAUAUGGAGUACUGCCCGUGGGACACACGCUAUUUUCAAACUGACAAGUGCUGGAGUGCCUUUGCCAAUAAGUUAAAGCGGAAAAGGAAUGCGACACAAAAGUUCAUGUUGUAUGCAGAAUGCUCUGAGAUCAAGCACUAUGGUAUUUUGCUCAAAGCCGUGCACGAUGAUUACUCUCAGCUGGCAAGGGUUGUGUUUCCUGGGACGAAAUGCCUGACAACUUCUAACUUCCGUUUCCUCCGCCUAGUGGAAGACCUGUCAAUGACACCUAAGGAAAUUAUAGCUUAUCUCGCAGAACACUAUGGCGAGCAGAUGAACCCCCCUGAGGCGUGGAGGGCCAGACAGAAGGCUCUGGAGCGGGAGUUUGGUACAUUUUACGAUUCACACAACUUUGCCCCAAGGUUACUUAAGGACAUAACAUGUAAAACCCCUUGGGGUUUUGUAGACAUCAAGGAUGCGGAGGUUGCAGGAUGUAGCAACUUUCGAGUCCUCCACCGUAUAUUUUGGGCUUUUGGGCAGUGUGUGCAGGCCUUCAAUCAUUGUCGCCCUGUGCUAUGCAUUAAAGGCACACCACUAUGCGGGAAAUACCAAGAGGUGUUGCUGACUGCUAUAGCAUUAGAUGCUAAUGGUUACUCCAUUCCAGUAGCAUGUGCCGUCGUUGAGGGGGAGACCGAGGAAAGCUGGAUGUGGUUUCUUAGGAAUUUGGAGCAAGCAGUGAGGCAUCCAUCGGAUGUUUGCAUUUUACAUGACUACAAAAGAGAGUUGAUCGAUGCUAUAGAGGACUUUCUAAGUUCCGACCAACGACAAUGGCGGAAAGUAGAAAGCCGGUGGUGCAUGGAACACCUUGCCGAAGACUUCUUUGCAUAUUUUGGUGACAAGAACCUGGUGUUGAUGUUCAAGAAACUUUGUCAGCAGAGGCGACUAAAUAAGUUUGUUAAAAUCUGGAAGGAGCUCGACGAGUUGACAACAAAAUAUACAUCAGAGAGAGAAGGUGGUACUAGUGAGGAAAUGCAGCAAGAGUUAGUCCAGCAUGAUGAGGCAGACCUGGAGGCACAAAGCCCAUGCAACCGACCUGAUUCAGUGGACUCUGAGGAGGAAGGAGAUCAUGCCAAUGAAAACGAAGGAAAGGUAACAAAGUUUUCUGACUGGAUCCGUCUGAAACCAAUGGAGAAGUGGUCACUGGUGCAUGACACAAAGGGAGCUAGGUACGGCAUCAUGGGCGCUGAUAUAUCAAAUAUAUACAAGAAUGACCCUGUAUUGAAAGGGAUAACAUGCCUUCCGCUCAGUGCAAUAGUGGAGGUGACAUUUCUGCGCUUGGUAGAGCACUUCAAAAACACAAGUGCUGCAGCAAAUGAAGCAAUUGGCAACCCAUCAAUGAACUUUCCUGAACGGGUCCAGGAUGACAUGAAUUCAAAAAUGGAGAAAUCCAAGAUGCAUCGCGUGAUUUGCCUAGACACCAAAAACAGAAAUGUUUUCCAGGAGAAACAGUUUCGGAAUUUUACAGUUCAAUCGAGGCAGAAGAAUGAGGUUGUUCACCUGAAAUCGGAAAGCAUAAGUAAGUUUGGCGAAUCCAUAAUACAAGAAAGUGCCACCUGUUCAUGCAACAAACCACAGCUGCUUCACAGGCCCUGCACUCAUGUCAUCGCUGUCUGUUGUCAGAUUGGGGUUAGCACUGCUACAUACAUGUCUCCAUACUACAGCCUGGCCUACCUAGGUAGUAUCUGGAGUGGAAAUUUUGAUGAAUAUAAGAUCUCACAGGGUUACAGAAAUAUCACGCCAUUUGAAUGCAACACAACAACUUGGAUCCCAGACAAAAUGUUGGAGUGUGGUCUUCCUGUUUUUGUAACAUCAGACUGCCUAGAAACUGUUGCGGAUGAGUCAGAGCAACAACACAACACUGGAAAUGGAUCAACUGAAGACAAUCAAGGAACGACAACACGCACUGAAGAACCUAAUGAGAUUUAA